ACUAGAACUUUCUUGAAUCGUUAUGAAAUUCAGUAGUAGCGCGGGUCUAAUUUUACAAAAGAGGACGAUAUUUAUUAAAUUUUGAAUUUUCCUAUGAACACCUUUUGUUUGCUGAGAAUAGAGGACAACCGACAUAGCCUAACAUUCUAGAAGGUUUCUUAUACUUUAGCCCAUAAUAUAUCGUCCAAAUUUGUAAAGCUCGAAGUCUCAAACGCUUCAGAAAUACGUACUAAAGAAACAGAACAAGCAAGAAAAGAAGCACGAUACGCAAUACAAUGUCGGUAACGCUGCACACAAACCUCGGCGACAUAAAGUGCGAGAUCUUCUGCGACGAGGUCCCCAAGACUGCCGAGAAUUUUUUGGCACUAUGUGCAAGCGGUUAUUAUGAUGGGACCGUAUUUCACCGUAAUAUAAAAGGUUUUAUGAUUCAAGGUGGAGACCCAACAGGUACUGGCAAGGGGGGUACGAGUAUAUGGGGCAAGAAGUUCAAUGAUGAGAUAAGAGAGUCUCUCAAGCACAACGCAAGAGGGAUACUUUCAAUGGCCAAUAGUGGCCCCAAUACUAAUGGAAGCCAGUUCUUCAUAAGUUAUGCAAAGCAGCCACAUUUGAACGGAUUGUACACUAUAUUUGGCAAGGUGAUUCACGGUUUUGAAGUCCUUGAUCUCAUGGAAAAGACUCAAACAGGUCCAGGAGAUCGACCGCUGGCAGAGAUUAGACUCAAUCGCGUGACAAUGCAUGCUAAUCCACUUGCUGGUUAGUUUUGUGUUAUAACAAGUUUAGGAUUUGAACUCAUGACCGCAGUGUUACACUUAUGAUCAGUCGCAGCAAUGAACAUGACCGCAGUGUUACACUUAUAAAAUACUCCGAUUAUGUGGGGCAGCAUUUGGAUAACUUCGGAAGUGUAAUAUUUGAAGUUGCCAUUUUACUUCAAUUGCUAUUAGUAUUUUCAUUUGAUAUUUUUGUAAUUACUUUUUGCUAUAGGGUUCGUCAAAGUGCCAAUCUUGUUUGUAUUUGGGCAUAAAGUUUGUGUGCCUGCUUGGAACCCAGUCAAGGAACAAUUUUACUGCUAUUGAGUUUACCUCAUCUAUUGCACAAUCUGAUUAUCAGA